CUCCUCACUUCCGGGGUUUUUUCCACUCUUGUGUUGUGGCGGCGUUUUGUCAAACGGCUCUUAACUUGUCCGGGAUGAAGCAGGCGGCGGAGAGACGGCACCGGGGUGGAGACGGUUCACCGUCAGUGACGCGACUUACCGAACCAUGACCGGACCCGGUAUAUAUGCGUGUGUGUUUCUGUGAGUGCGUGUGUGUGCGCGCGUGCGUUUCUGUGAGCGGGCUAACUGCCGUUAGCCGUCGCCGCUAGCGUUAGCAAGUGAGUUUGAAUCGUUGAAACUCGGGAGUCGAGUCCGAGCAGACGGAGAAGACAGAGACGGAGACGGAGACAGAGACAGAGAGGAGACAGAGACAGAGACAACAUGGAGAACAAGGACAAAGUUCAGAUGAGGAGCCAUCCUCGCAGACAGCUGAAGAAGCUGAGUGAGGACAGUCUCACCAAACAGCCCGAGGAAGUCUUUGAUGUCCUGGAGAAGCUGGGUGAAGGGUCGUAUGGCAGCGUGUUUAAAGCCAACUACAAAGAGAUGGGGGAGAUCGUAGCCAUCAAACAAGUUCCCGUGGAGUCCGACCUUCAGGAGAUCAUCAAGGAAAUCUCCAUCAUGCAGCAGUGCAACAGUCCUCAUGUGGUCAGGUACUAUGGCAGCUACUUCAAAAACAGUGACCUGUGGAUCGUCAUGGAAUACUGUGGAGCCGGAUCAGUGUCUGAUAUCAUCAGAAUACGCAACAAGACGUUAACGGAAGACGAGAUCGCCACCAUCCUGCAGUCGACGCUGAAGGGUCUGGAGUAUCUUCACUUCAUGAGGAAGAUCCACAGAGACAUCAAAGCAGGAAAUAUCCUGCUCAACUCGGAGGGUCAGGCCAAACUGGCUGACUUUGGAGUUGCUGGACAACUCACAGACACAAUGGCGAAAAGAAACACGGUCAUUGGCACACCGUUCUGGAUGGCUCCUGAAGUCAUCCAGGAGAUCGGCUACAACUGCGUGGCCGACCUUUGGUCUUUGGGGAUAACGGCGAUCGAGAUGGCCGAGGGGAAGCCGCCCUACGCUGACAUCCACCCGAUGAGGGCCAUCUUCAUGAUCCCGACCAACCCUCCGCCCACGUUCCGCAACCCGGACCUUUGGUCGGAAGCGUUUCAGGACUUUGUCGGACAGUGUUUGGUGAAAAACCCCGAGAAAAGAGCGACUGCCACACAACUGUUACAGCAUCCGUUCAUCAAGUCAGCCAAACCCAGCUCCAUCCUCCGAGCGCUGAUCACAGACGCCAUGGAGAUCAAACUGAAGAGACAAGAGGAGGCGGAGCAGAGGGAACUAGACGACGACGACAAUUCGGAUGAAGAUGAGGUGGACCAGGGGACGAUGGUGCGGACGGGGACAGGAGACUCCGGAACCAUCCGAGCCGUGGGCUCGUCAACGGGUUCGCUCAGCGGGACGGCGCGGACCAUGAUCGAGCAUGACGACACGGGGACCAUGCAGUCACAGCUGGGCACCAUGGUCAUCAACUCUGACGACGAUGAGGACGAGGACGAAGGCGGGACGAUGAAAAGGAGAGACGAGACGAUGCAGCCGGCGAAGCCGUCCUUCCUCGAGUACUUUGAGCAGAAAGAGAAGGAGGCCAAUGGCCGUAAUGAUGGAGGUGGAAGAGGAGACAACAAAGCAGACAACCGCAAACUGCCCUGUGAAGGAGACCUUGAAGUGGUCAGCACGUGGUCGGUGGAGGAGCUGCGGCUGAGACUCGCCUCCCUGGACCCUCAGAUGGAGCAGGAGAUUGAGGAGAUCCGUCAGCGCUACCAGGCCAAGAGGCAGCCCAUCAUGGACGCCAUCGAGGCCAAGAAACGGCAGCAGCAGAACUUCUGAGGAGCCCACCGAGCUCCUCGCACCAGCACCUGUGCAACGCAGCAGGUUUGUGAAUUGACACUCGAAGGCGGCGCUGACGUUUCAGUCGCCUCUAAACUGGUCCGAGAGACGAUACGGGUGGCUGUGAUGUCUAGAUAAUGGAAACUGAGAAGACGUCCGACGUUCUUUUCUGACAGAUUUUUAGUGAAGCCGUCGAUCCUUUUCUGAGACGACAUUGGAGAACGUCUUUUUGAUAUCGUCAGCUGAUCUGCAUUCAUCAGUUUCUCUCCACUCCUCUUAAUCUCUUAAUCUACUUUCUCUCUGUACUCUUGUGGUACAUUUACCUGCCGACUGUUGAGUUUAGAGGUACGCUUCACUAACUUCCUCUCAGUUUUUGUUUUCUUUCUUGUUUUCUUCUCUUGAAAGGUUUGUGGGGUAAACAGUUGAAUUUAUUGAAUCAUUUGUUUGUUUCUGCACACGACUGUGCUUUUAUGUCACAAUUCAGUGUUUGUCAGUGUGAAGAAUGACCCCAGGAAUUCUGCUGUGCAUGUUUUACUUUCACCAGGUUUGUGUUCAAGUUUUUUUUUUCUUUUGGCUUCUCCUUCUUUAGGGGUCGCUACAGUGGAUUAUCCACAUUUGAUUUGAUUUGGUCAAGAUUUUCUACGUGGGAUGCCCUUUUCUGACACAACCCUCCCAUAUAUCUGGGCUUGGGACAAUUUAGAGUGUCCACUUAACAAUUAGCACAUGGGGAUUGGGUGCCUUGCUCAGGGGUACCACAGCCCUUGACCUGGUGGGGAUUCAAAUCGGCAACCCUCUGGUUACAAGCCCUAUUCCUGAGUUUAUAAAACUUUUUUAUAAAUCUAGUACAUGUCUACCUUUUCUAUCCAUUUUAUAGCUGUUUUUUUUUUUUUACAUAAAACAUUCUUCUUCACUGUGCAGCCAAACUUCAGAAACUAAAAUUGCAAUAUCAAGCCUGCUGUCAUUAUCACAAAACCUUAAAGCAAAGAAUUGUUUCACAGUAAAAGUUAAAUAAUGCUGCAUUCUUUUUUACACUGGAGCACUCAAACAUACAGUAUGUCAGGCUAACCGUUGUUAGCCAUUGUUACAAAUACCAACACUUUUACACUCUCAGCGGCAUAGCAACAAUGUUAACUCAUAAACAUUUGAACAGUAGCAUGUGAACAACCGAAUUAAUGUGAAAAGAAAGAGUAAAAGUAGCAGAGUGUUUUAACUGCUGACGCAUCGUCACUAACGUUUAGUCACCACUGUACAAUUCCAACGUCCGACUACAACUGGAACGCACAAUGAACCGUGUCAUGAAAAUGAGGCCGUCUGGAUUUAUUUGGAUUUUAUGGCUGUGAGUUCUUCUGCUUCCUUUCUCUAAGAUAACUUUCACUUUCCAUAUCUGACAGUUAUUCAACCGUUUAGGUAUCAAAGUACUGAGAAGAUGUGACGCACCGGUGAAUCUUUGUCUGUGAUUGGGCGGUCGUUCAGAGGGUCUACCGUAAUGACUCUAUUUCUCUGCUUUCCAGGAGUUUUAGUAUUUUCGAGAUAUCACAAACAGUCUACGAGUGAUGGUAAUAGUAUGGCGGCGACAGGACGCUAACAGAAGCGUUAAACCUGGUCUCACCUCGGUCCAACCGCCCAGUCGGUAACAUGAAUUCAUGACUUGUUUGUUACUCCAUGACAAUAAUUCAGCGGUUGAACCUGUAGACAUGAAGUCAAGCUUAAUUUAGCCUCAUUCCUUCUUUUCCUCGUAUUACUGCUCUGACACAAUUCCUCAACUCUGAAAUCAUGUUACGUGAACUUGAGCUGUAAAGGAAUCAGAAUCAGAUUAGUGAACUUUGCGUUCUUCACAGAAGUUUGAACAAAUAAAACAUAAAUAUAGCUUGCGGUACUAUUUAUCCAGAUGAUUUUCGAUACUUGGGUACUAACCAAUGAGGAACUGGUACCACACCCUCACGGUGAGGAUCGCUGGCAGGUUGGUGCUGCUUUUGUUCCUCCGGGUCAGAGGUCAUUCAUUCAUUCAUUACAUUCAGAUGUGUGUUGUUUUUUUUAUCUCAAGAUGCAGUUUAAUCAUCGGGAAACUCUUUGUGUUUGAUGUUGUUCUUACUCCACUGUCCGACUUGUUUUUCUUCCAAUGAGCUGAACAAAGACCUGGUUUGACAGGUUUAUGGAACAGAUUCAACAAAGCUUUUUACUCCAUGGCUUCAGCCAUUGUUUUCUUUCAGCUGACGUCGGCUCAGUCGUGAUCCAACUUUACUUCUAACAUUCCUCUUUCGGAGCCGCUCGGACGCUCCAGACAUAUCAUCUCCACUCUCAUCCAGAAAGCACAGAAGAUGACACAGAUUUAUUUUUCUACCAAAGGUUUAGUGGUUACACAGCGAGCCUGGAGAAAAGAUUAGUCCUGACCACACGCAGUGGGAGUCGGGAGGAAACGUCUCAGGUCAUUCAACUCCUCAGGGCUGUCAAAUAGUGACGAGUGAUUACUGUAGAUAAUCUGGAGCUCCUUCACAUUAAAAGUCAUGUCUGUGUGUACACAUAUACAUAUAUAUAUACAGUAUAUAUAUAUGUAUGUGUAUAUAUAUAUAUAUAUGAGCAACUCUGGGCUCUUUUUGUAUAUUGUGAUGAAUUUCACUGGGAUAUCAAUAAUGAUGAUAAUAAUUAUAAUAAUAACAUCAGAUGGAUUAUUAUAGAUAAAGGGAGAGUUCAGGAUUUUUGAUGUAGCUGCGUUUGCUCCACGUGCUGAGAAGUCGCCGGCGCGAGGUCGGUGAAAACAUGUCUGACACUGGGGACAAGUGAAACUGAUUUUAUCAUUUUAAGUCUAUGAAUUCUUGAUAACCCUGCAUGUUCACUGCUUUAUUUAACUUUUCCAACAUGAAACUGACGUUUGUGUGACUUCGUAAACCACCUCGCUCUCCCACACCAUCAGUUUAUGUCAUGACCUCCGUCAGUGAACUCAUUAAUGUUAUUUUGUGACUUCAGUGUUUGAAAACCUUUUUUCAGAUUUACCUCAUUAACACAGAUUUACUAAUGGAGGCCGCCGUAGACCAGCAGCUCCUUGUGUGCAGUGACAGAACAAAAACAAAGUUCAGUUUCCUGUGGGAAAAGUCUGUGAAACCAGUGAAAUAAAGCAAUGAGCUUAUUCUUAAGAUAUCAUAGACUUAAGUUGACAAAGAAGUUUGAUUAAGUUAGAAUGAGUUUGAUCUCUUGUCCCCAAACACGGCCACUUUCCUCUACCUCAGACAACCUCACUUAAAUAAAAUCCUGAAUCAUCCCUUUAAAAUCCAUGCAGAUAAAAUGCUGUAGAUUAAUUUAGACUCAUUUCUCUCUCGUUGUGUUACACGUGUGUGUUUCUGCGUCACGGACUGCGUCGACACGUGAUCUAAACGCAGAAAAAAGCCUGAUUGUUAUUUAGUUUGACACUCGAGCCGUUUGGUGCUCGUCAUGAGUCGGAAUCACUGGAGAACACAGAGUUUUUUUUAAUGCCACUGUAGUUUGAUUUUUUUGCUAACUUUAAAGGGGCUGCUGAGAUGAAUCAAUUAUUGAUUUGUGUGUGUUUUUUAAUAAUUAAAACACGUUCUCUUGAGCUUCCAACUUCCUAAAUGUGAAUAUGUUCUGGUUUCUUUGGUUUCAUAUUGUAAAGAAAUAUUUAAAAACUGCUUGAUUUUGGUUUGGGGACAAAACAAGACGUGAUCUUUUUGAGGUUUGGGAAAGAAACUUUUCAGACUUGGGGAGAAAUUGAGCUCACAUUUACAUGAUAAGAAGAGAUGGCACGAUACUGCUUUUUUGUGACUGAUAUCACAAACUCAAGUAUCUGCCAAUACAGAUAUCCAUCCAUUACAGUCAUUGUUGAUCUUUUAAACUACGAAGCGGUUUCAAAGACGUAAUUCUCCAACUGUGUAACAAAUGUUCUUCUCCCGUAAAGUGGAAAAAAACAUCUUCUGCCACAUUUUUAUCUGUCUGAUAUCCAGUCUAGUGAUUUGGACCGAUAUCGGACCGAUAUCAUGUCAGCUCAUCCCUAAUAAGAAGCUGCACGAGCCAUGAAAUAACGUCACAUGACAGUUUGUCCAUCAUUCUGUCACAAUCGCUUUGGUUUUGGUUAAAACUGGAUCUUUUUAAGAUGCUGAAACAUCACAGUGAAUUUAAAUGAAACGGGAAUUGUCCAAGCCGUCCCUCACCUGCAGGUCUUAAAUCAACGUCAACGACCACAACAAGCAGUCGCCACUGUGUACAAACAACAACUAACCACUAAUCCAUCCAUAAAAUGUCAGAAGAUGAUGUUCUCCAAUGUCUCGUUUUGUCCACAUUCACACUUUUAAUGAUUUCUUUGUCAUUUGGAGCAAAGAAACCAGAAAAUAAGCAAAAGAUAAAUAAAAGAAGCUGGAAAAUCACAGAAAAACCAGAGUAAUCGAUUAGUCGUCGAUUAAUACUCGAUCAAUCACUCACAAGCCUUGGACUUGUUUCUCAUGUGUUACUAACACUGUUUAAUUUCACAGUUUGCCUUCAGCAGUUGGUUUAAACUGAGGUGAAACUGAACAAAAACAAACAAAACCUUUGACUUAUUUCUGCUGGAUCUGAUCUGAUGUUUAAAUGAGUCGCAGGUGAACGAGGAGUCGUUGUUUUUCACCGUCUUCCUCUUUUUAAAAAACAUUGAUUUUCCUGUUCUUGGUUGUGUGAGGACUUGCCUUAAAGGAUGCAGUGAGUCACAUUUAUGUUUCACGUCUCUGAUGGUCGUGUGUUUGAUUCUCUUUUGUUUGCUCGGCUAAUAAAGAAAAAACUAAGGAAACUUUUAA